UCAUCCAUCCAUCCGCUUGUCCCUCCCACCACCACCAACCAAAACCCCCAACCGCCGGGGUCGUUGCGCCCGCGCCGCCCCCCCUGACUCGCCGGCGGCGACCCCGCCCGCCCCGCGACGGCGAUGUCGUUCCACUACCCCGACCACGGGCUCACCAUGGACGCCGCGGCGGCGGCGGCUGCGGCUGCUGCGGCCGCGUCCUCGCCGAACCCUAGCGGCUUCUCCCCCGGCGUCGGCGGGGAGAGGGAGAAGGCGGCCAUCGCGGCGCACCCGCUCUACGAGCGCCUCCUGGAGGCGCACGUCGCCUGCCUCCGCGUCGCCACCCCCGUCGACCAGCUCCCCCGCAUCGACGCGCAGAUCGCCGCGCGGCCCCCGCCGCUCGCGGCCGCCGCUGGGGCCGCGGCCGCGGGGGGCCCCUCCGGCGGCGAGGAGCUCGACCUCUUCAUGACACAUUAUGUGUUGCUCCUUUGCUCAUUCAAGGAACAACUCCAGCAGCAUGUACGUGUACAUGCAAUGGAAGCGGUGAUGGGUUGCUGGGAGCUUGAACAAUCUUUACAAAGCCUGACAGGGGCAUCUCCUGGUGAAGGCACAGGAGCAACCAUGUCUGAUGAUGAAGAUAACCAGGUUGAUAGUGAGGCCAAUAUGUUUGAUGGAAACGAAGGAUCAGAUGGUAUGGGCUUUGGGCCCCUAAUACUGACAGAGGGUGAGCGAUCCUUGGUUGAACGUGUACGGCAGGAGCUGAAAAAUGAGCUUAAGCAGGGGUACAAAGAAAAGCUCGUUGAUAUCAGAGAAGAAAUUCUCCGCAAGCGCAGAGCUGGUAAACUUCCUGGGGAUACUGCAUCCAUAUUGAAGGCUUGGUGGCAGGCUCAUUCCAAGUGGCCGUACCCAACCGAAGACGACAAGGCUCGACUGGUGCAGGAGACAGGAUUGCAGCUGAAGCAGAUCAACAACUGGUUCAUUAACCAACGCAAACGGAACUGGCACAGCAACCCAACAUCCUCGGGUGAAAAGACCAAGAAGAAAAGGUGAUGACUGCCGGAGCAAUCUUGACGAAGCUAGAUGUACACAGUACACUAUACUUUAUUGGCACGCACGUUCUCCCCCACUCCAUAGAUAUGGAGGCCUACCAGCUGGGAGGGAACUUCAUGGAGUAAUGAAGAUACGCGUCACCGGGGGACCUUAGCGGUCACCUAAUGCCCUAGUUUGACCACGUGGUGGGAGUGGAUGUUGGUAUUGACUUUUGCAGUAUAGCGUUUGCUAAUGUGAUCUGGUGUAUGACCGACGGAACGGGAGGCCGUAAUUUAUGUUGUAUUGUAAUCGUGUAUCCUACCAUGUAAUGAUGUUUUAGGAAGGAUUCCAAGGUUCAGAUUUGUCCGUUUACAGUAUUUGCCGCUGUAAAAAGUGCUGGCUCAAAGUUUACCAGAGGCUUAUGUAAUGGUUCAUGUUGUUUGCCAUGUA